AAAAGUCGUAAACGUAAACAAAACCGGUGAGCGACAACGUGUUUAUCGUUUUCAGGAAAUUUUCAGCUGAUUUCAGUGAAUUUGUGAAGAAUUGUGUGAAUUAAUUUAGGAAACGAUGUCGAUCCAGCUGGGGAAGCUGUGCUCCUGCAUUAUCCAGCAGCAUUUCGGUGAUGUGGUCCGCAUGGUGGCGGACGAUCUGUUUUCUGGCGUGGCCAAAACGCUGCCGAUGAUCGUGAAGAGCUGUGAGCUGACGAAAUCGGAGGUCUGCAAAGCAAUUGCGAUUUUGCUUAAAUUCUCCUUGGCACGACAUCAGCCGAACAAGGCCGGAACGGCCACCGAGUACAUCCUGGAGUACGAAAAGGUCCUGAUGAUUCUGCGCUACCCGCGGUACGUGCACCUUAUUCAAACCAAGUACGGUCACGAAUCGGCCAUUCUGACCGAGGAGUUGCUCCGUGCAGGAUGUCAAACCGCUUCGUACAUCAUCCUAAAGGCUACAGCAAUCUCGGAUGCCAAGGGCAAGGACACAAUUACCAAGUUCAGGGAAAAGUUUUCCGACUUGGUGGCGAAGAACUUCUUCAUCCGAGCGCCGGAACCGAAACCCGUAGAUCAGAACACCGAUCUGUUGGCGUUGGAGUACGAGGACCCGAAGUUGUUCCAAAUGCCGGAAUUGGACCUUCGGAAGUUGCUCGAUCUGCAGGAGAAGAAAACCACGAAAGCACCGGACGAGGGCAUCCACUGGCUGAUCAAUCUAGAAAAGUUCCACCUCGACUUUCGUGAUACGAUCAUGAUCAGCUCGGUCGAGCGGCUGAUCGAUCCAACCGCAGCGGAAUGCUUCAAACACCUGCUGCAGCUCAUGUACACCAAGACGAAGCCCUGGGAAAAGGUCUCCAACCCGAUCUCGAUGGCCGAGCUCAAACAGCUGUGCGAGAAAAAGUCCGACAACCUCGAGCUCAUCAAGUUCCUGGACCAGUACGUGGCCGUCAUCGAAUCGCUCAACUACCUGGGCAAAUUCGGCGACAUGGGCGGCGGCCAGUACACGGUCAACAUGAAGACGAUCUUCGAGCAGCUCACCUGGCACUGCAUCGAAAACAUCAUCACGGAAAAGUACGGCUCGAAGGCGGCCCGCAUCUUCCGUGUCAUCCGGCUGAAAAAGUACAUCGAACAGGAGAACAUCCAGAAGGAGGCGAUGAUCCCGGCGAAGGAAGCCAAGCAGCUCACCUACAAGCUGCUCGAGGAGAACUUCCUCCAAAUCCAAGCGUUCCGCAAACCCGGCGGAGGCAACGCCGGUGCGCCCAAAUCGUUCUUCCUCUUCUACGUCAACCAGAUGCAAAUUGUGUCGAUGCUCCUGGAAAUCUGCUACAAAUCCCUGUACAAUUCCAUCACCCGGUCUACCCACGAUAAGACCGUAAACAAGCGGCUGAUCGAGAAGAGCCAACGGCUGGACAGCAUCGUGGAAGCGAUGAAGGAGCGGGGCGAGUCGGAGGACUACAUCGCGGAGAUCCAGGAAACGUUGACGCCACCGGAGAAGGAAAUUUUGCUCAAGGUUAAGAUCCGCGUCAAGAGUCUGUACAGCGCGGAGAUUGGCAUUGACGAGACCAUUUUCCUGCUCAAACUGUACCAGCAGUAUCAGAGAAAAUAAAAUUGUUUUUAUUUUGUGCUGUUA